AUGGACAGAGGAGCCUACGCUAAAUUGUCUCAAGACGAUGAUCCAGUCGCGCCUGAAGCGAGAAAUCAAGGAGCGUACCCGAGAGAUGAAGGUUUGCGUAUUGACUACGUCUUGGUGUACGAGACCUGUAAAGAAGAGGAGAACGAACACGAACAUAAGAAGAAGGAGGCGGAGAAACUUGAAAACUUAAGAAGAUCGUACGAGAAGGGACUUGAAAAGAAAGGUCUUAUUAUACGGCAAGAUAGCGUUACUGUGAAAAAGGUAUUCUUAGUCUAAAAUAUCAAUUUUUUGGGCUAUAGUAGCGCGCCCCCUUAAGAAUGUUCACGUUGCGGAUCUUAUUUAGUCCUUUAUUUAUUUUAAUUAUUACUUCAUCUUUCGUUCACUCGGGUGCCAUUCUCAGUUUAGACUCCUCAAAUAAUGUCCGUGAGUGAACUCUUAUCAGAUGAUAUCGAGCAAAACUGAGUCACUUUUUUUAUUUGCAAGCAUGCCAAUCUAUCUAUCUUUCUAGACAAGACAAUUAAGUAGUCAUUAAUGAUUAUGGCGCGUUCCCUUAGCCACCUUCCCUGGACCAAGCAUACCAGUUUUCUUUUUUUGUUACAGGCUAUCAAAUGUCAUUUUUUUAUGUCUCUUUGGUUGGUUUGUACAUUGGAACUCCUACUAACAGAGGAUCGCGGUAUAGCCGUUAUAGCAAAUAAUACCAUUUAUGCUUCAUCAUCUUCCUGGGCAUAUUAAGUCAAUUGUUGAUGCUGGCGGAGUCUAACUUUGCGCGCAUGAGCUCUGUUUGCUGGGGUUUAAAAUAAUGAAAAAUCCAUACUUGGAAAAAUUUGGCCAGUGCGUGGCCUUUUAUUUGAUUCAAACAAAUUAAGCUAGGAAGAUCCAGAUAACAACAACAUUUUCCCAGCAAAGGUGAGAUCAUGCAGCUGUACCUGCCCUGGACUGGAGAAAAGUAGGGCAAAGGGAGGGAAGAGAGGGAAAGAUGUUUUCUUACUUCCUUGUCAGCCAAAGGGGAGGGGGGGGGGGGGAGGGAGGGUAAAAUCCUUUGUACUUCAUAUGUCAGCCAAAGCGAGGUAGGAGAAUAGAAAAUUGUUUUCUAACUUCCUUUUCACAGUUACCAUGGCAAGGCUUCGUGCCAGUCACUCAGUAGCUAGCCGGAGAAAUGCAAUAUUCCGCUUCUUCCUUUAGCAGAAAACCGGUUAUUUUAUUUUGUUUGCCCCAGUGAAAUGUAUGAAAAAAAAAACCCUACCAGAUACAAAGACCUUGAUAUUCUUUCUUCCUGAUUGUCUUGUUACGCUAAAACUGCUACCUCUGAAUUUCUGGUUCUGAAAGAACUGGACUUCUCUGUACUUCGUCGUUAAGGCAUACCAAUGACUCAAUCAUGCAGUAACUGAUGAAGUAAUGCAAUAAAUAUAUGAAUAAAUAAAUAGAUACAAAAUAAAUAAACUUCUUUACGUGAGCAGAAUUUCUAAAAACCUAUUUGUUUACAUUGUGACCCGAAACUUGCCUAAAAAGAAUUAAGACAACUAUCUAAAACAACAAAUUGUUACCAAAGAGAGUAAGAUGGAUAAAAUGGAUUGAUACAGUGACUAUGAAAAAAUGUAAUGUACGUGUUACAAUUCUAAUGAGCUACUAUUUUAAAAUUUCCCAGUUCUACCGUGUAGUCUAACAUCAUAUUCUUAAGGAGUUUUUGGCUUGUUUGUUUGUUUGUUUGCUAUUUGUCUCACUUGUAAUUCCAUAAACAAAUUUGGUCAAUUAUACUCAAAGGUGAGUUCCACUUAUGAGAAAAAUCGUCGGCGUUGAUUUCGAGCAAAAUACUAUUUGAUUUAACACAUUCUCGAUCGACAAGAGUUAUAGCAGUUACAAUGUUUUUCUUGUCAAUAACGAAUUCCAUAUUUUCUGGCGAUGAUGCCAUUGAGAGCAAGCCACCACCUGCUGCGGCUUUACAACAAAGCGAAGGACGCAAGUGAAGCCUUAAUAUAAAGCUCAUCUUGAAAUUUCAUAAUACUAUUGGAGGUUUUUAAUGCAGUGCCAUCAAACAUAAAAUGAAAUCGUACCAUUCAAAACACAAAGUCCAGAAUCCGGGAAAUGAAAGGAGAUAAACAUGAAAAAAGCCUCUCCAAGAAUAAGAUCUGUGUGAUUUUCCUUAUGCGAGAUUCUUGGCAUUGUAUGGAGACGACAUAUUAGUGUCCAAAACAUGGCAGCCGGAGACCAACUGAAACACCUGUGUGAAUUUUGUUAACAAGGUGUGAACUCACCAUGGCGAAGUUAUAAAGGUUGACAUUAUAUUAAUUCUGAGACAAUUAAGGAUUAUUUACAUAGCGAACUUUCAGAACCUACAUGACAGCUGCCUCACCCUCGCAGUCACCAAAAUGCCACGUCACAAGAAGGCUUCGAAAUUCAAGCGUAUUCUGUCGCAAAACGAAGAGCUCUUUCAAACCGAAACCUGUUUAGCUGCAGCAAUAAAUCAUGAAAACAAUGAAUUGAUAUUCUUUAGCUACAGUGGAACCUCCAUUCAAACAACACCAUCGGCACCAAGGCAAGUCUACACUAAAUAGAGGUUCGGCUGGGUUUUUUGAUAAUUUAAACCAACAGAUAAAAUAAUUGUCUUUUAUAGUCUUCCUCGUAAUCUGCUGCAGCCAUUAUUUCAAGCAGUUAGAUAAUGUAUAAAAAACAUGAUUAGAUUAUCUCCUCGAUGCUGUGUGUUGAAUUCCUUCAAGUGCAGUACAUUAAUUUAGGUGAGAUAGUUCAUGUUUUGAAAGCUGUCGCCAUUGUUACUGAUGUACACUUAAACUUAUAAAUGUUUUUUGUGCCCAGCCACUUUCUGAGUGCUGAGGUGUCUCCUAAGUAGAGGUUAAACCUUGGUUUCGGGACCUGCAAAGUAAAAAGUGCCCCAUUCUCCUGAAUAAGAAAGAUUAUGUGAACAUUUUUCAGGAACAGGUUUUUGUGUUCCCUGAAUGGAGGUGUCUCAGAGGAGAGGUUCCAUUGUUGCUGAAUUUUGGUGACGUAAAAUGAAAACCAAGAAAAAAUUUAGCCAAGUCUUUAAGCUACGGUUUUGCUCAUAUGCUGGUAAUUUACUUAAAACAAUUAAGUGUCGAUAACAGUUAACGUAAAUUUCCCUUAUCACUGUCUUUAGGGCCCUGACGUUCAACGCCAUUUUGUGUUAAUUCAUGCGACGUGGGAAUUUUUGUCUAGGCGGGCAGAAAAGAUGAGAUUAAAGAUUCCCCUUCAACCAAGCGACGUAGAAUUUCCAUCGCUUUUGGAGUCAUGGUGUGGUCCAAAACGGAUUGAAGCCCUUAAGCGUUGCGAUCCAUUACGUGUACACGAUGCAACAGUCAGAGAAAAGGGAGAUUUUUUUGUGGGCCGUUUCCAACAAGAACAGUUGGAGAAGUUCAUCAACUACGAGGAUAAGGAUAUUUUCUUCAGCCCUGUAGAUCGAAUGUACAUGGUCCAGCAGAUUCUGCAAAAUACCCGCUUCUCCGAGGAGCCUCACUGCGUUGGUCUCAAUAGGCUGGUCUUAGAUGGUGCAUACACCUCGCAUUAUCCUUUGCACGAGGGAACGGCGAAACUUGAGGAAGGAGAAUUCCCUGUGAAUGACCGCCAACGCUUGAAAAGUGACUGGGCAAGAUUUGGUAGAUGUUUCAAGUACCAACCAUACGAGGCCAUCAAAGAUUAUUUCGGCCAUGAAAUUGGUCUGUACUUUGCCUGGCUUGGGUUCUACACGGCCAUGCUGGUUCCACUCGCUAUCUUCUCUUUGAUUGUCUUCUUGUACGGCAUCAUAUCCCUAGGCUCGUUUAUUCCUGUUCAAGACGUGUGUAACGAAAGGAAUGAAGGUGUCUGGUACAUGUGUCCUCUUUGUGAUAGAGAGUGCAGCUACUGGAGCCUAGCUACUACUACUUGUCUCUAUGCCUCCAUAACUUACAUCUUUGACAACGAUGGCACCCCUGUUCUCGCCUUUGUUGCGUCUAUUUGGGCCACCCUCUUUCUUGAGUUCUGGAAGCGUCGACAAGCCUCUAUAGCCCAAGCAUGGCACACGAAAGAUUUCGAAGCUGAAGACGAGCCACUUCGCCCCGAAUAUGUCAGUUCUCUAACAAAAGAAGAACUUGAUCCAUUCAGACCUGAUCCAGACACUGGCAAGAUAGUGUUUAGGGCUAAAAGAAUGAAGCAGAAUCGUCGUUUUGCAGUGGUUGCUAGCGUGGUCACAUUCAUGAUUUGUCUGGUGUUAGCUGUUGUGAUCGGUAUAGUGGUGUUUCGUGCGGCUGUCUUUGCCACCCUAAGUAGCAGUUCAGAGCGAACUGUUCAGAGUAGUGCUCAAAUACUGACAACGGGUAUAGCUGCGUGCAUCAAUCUAGUGGCCAUCACCGUGUUGAAGUACGCCUACGACAAAAUUGCUGUUUGGCUGACCAACUGGGAAAACCCUAAAACUCGUACCAUCUAUGAGGACAAUUUCACAACAAAAAUGGCUCUUUUCCAGUUUGUAAACACCUUCUCGUCUAUUAUUUACAUUGCAUUUUUCAAGUCUGAUCUUAUUGUUGGCUCACCAGGAAGAUACACCAGGGUUUUUGGAAAGUACAGACUGGAAGGCUGCAGCGAGGAGGGAUGCUUCUUAGAACUCGCCAUUCAGAUUGCAAUUCUCAUGAUCGGCUUGCAGAUUGUCUCCAACAUCCUGGAAGUUGGCAUUCCGUAAGUAUCCCUGGAAAUGGAAAGAUAUAUACAGUUAAGAAUUACUGUAUUUUUGGCGGUGAAACUGAGGUGAUGGCCGUGUAUAGUUUACUCGUCUCUUGGCUCCGCUUAAAAAAAUAAGGUAGUAGGGUAAGGGUACGCGACAACGGUUUAGAUCUCUAGAAAUGCAUUCUGAGAGGUGCUUUAAAAUUUGUAUUUUUUCGGUCAUCCUAGCUGAACUUGAGUCUUUUUGAACAGUUACAAGGGCUUCAGUAUUAUUUUCCCGAAAAUUUUUAGCCGCAAUUUAACAUACUAGGAAAGUGAGAAUUUUUCUGAUUCCUCUCUCCAUCGCAUUUUUGAAUGUGAAAAUUUAAGGUUUCCUUUUUUCUAUGAAAAAUAGCCUAACCCUGAGAGUGAAUUGUGAAAAAUUAAACUUUAGAAAAUCGUAGAAAUUUAUAAGAUAAGCUUCGAAAAUUGUGCAUGGAAUGAUAAUAUAGAACUUUUUAGCCGUCCUCAAGUAAUAGAAAAUUCUAGGCAAUAUUUGCUUCUCCGAACAGAUAUGAUAGAGAAAACAGUCGUUGGGUGCCCCUGAGUAACUACAAGGUCUGAUUUUCACAAGGCCAGAUUUUACCCUUCGCCUAGGGCUGUGCACAUGCGUCAAGCAUUUGCCUUUCCACGGGGAUGGUAGUGUGUACCUUCUGAAUUUGGUCUUGAUUUCUACAGUAUGAAAAUUGCUAAACGGACUUGCCUAGUUUAAUAAACAAUUAAAUGCGAAAUGGAUGCCUGUAUGGGACGUGAAUUUAGAUAAUUACUGUCUUCUUGUGAUCUUAAAGUCAAGGUCUAAGUCUUGGAAUGUGCUGCUUCAAUGAAGCAGCCCAGACACUUUUUGAAAUGAUUCAGAUGUCGAGUGUAUAUUUUUUUGGUCCAGAUUCAUUGCUUUUCUUGAAGGGUUCUGUCUAGGGUAUUUGAGGGGUACCAGCUUCCCCCCCAAAAAUAUUGUUAUCAUUAUAGUAUAUAAGUAGCUAUAUCGGAAAAAUCAUCCAGAAGUGACGAGGUCAUGAUCAGUGCACAUGAAGUAAGUAUUCCUUGUCUAAGGACACCAUAUAAAAAGAACGUGUGGUCACAAGUAAAAUAUAAUUAAAUAAAAUGCCACUGUAACAUAAGUCUCAAAAUUGUGUCUCAAAAUACACCAGAUUACAUCUCAGCGCAUAUUCAUUUCAAAAAAAUCCCGGGGAGCAUGCCCUCGGACCCCCCUAGGAAGCUCGUGGCCACUAGGGACUUCUUCCCCAAAGGAUAAAUCCCAGAAAUAGCCCUGUGUUGUAUUAUUUUUUCCCGGAAAUUCGCGGAGUCAAGUGACUUUUACAACAUCCGAUAUAGCUAGGACAUUUUUGUACUAAAAUAUCUCGAUCCUUCUGUUGAAAAACCCUGGAAUCAUUCAGUUUAAGAAAGUGCGCCGGACACACUAAGUGAGAAAAAAUGCCUACAUACAAAAAAUCAAUGAAUGUUCGUGACCAUUAACUCUAGUCACAAGGUCCACACAAAUUAUAGUAUUGGGCCUUGUAUGCGAUAUUCCACGCAACAGCUGUGGAAGCGAAUAGUAGAGACAGCUUGGCCGAUCCUUGAGGUAUGGAGAAUGGUCAACCAAAAGAAGAAAGGGUUCAUAAAAUUAAAUCGUUUACCGAGAGACAGACCAUUGACGUUAACAGCAAAAUCAAGGAGGCAUUCACAUAAAACGCCAGAAUCCGAUCCUUAGUAGAGAUGACGGUUCUGCACUACCUGUGAUUUUUAGCCAUUAAAGAGUUUUUAUGUAAUUGCUUACUUCAGUAGUACGAAAAUCAUAAUUGUUUUCGUUAGAUUCUUUUCUUACUAAAUCUAUGUCUUUUUCUUUGGAGUACAGAUGGUUCAAGCUAUGGCUCAAACGGAAGGAAUUACAAGAGAUUAGUGACCAGCCACAGUAUAUUAAGGACUACGAUCUAAGCACACUUGAGGAUCAUUACCUAUUCUGGGACUACCUUGAGAUAGGUAAAAUGAAUAAAGAAAAUGAAAUAUGUAGCAGCAAAAAAAGACAACCUGAUAACUGAUAGGUGCUUUAUGCAAAUUAAAGUGCUCGAUUUUAAAAGGUGGCGCCUUGAAAUGCCAUGUCGGUUCUCCUCAGGUCAUCAUUUCGUCACUUUGUCGUCUUGGGUAUUGGGAUAGGGGAGAAACAAUACCCUUUACUAACCGAAAAAAGGCCUCAGAAAAGUUGUCUUACAGGAGGUUGUACUUGAAAUCAAACGCCCGGCCUUCCCUCCCCGCCCUUGUCUAUCAGAUACUCUCAAUGAAGCCCAUUCAAACACAAAUCCACGCUCAAACAUCCUCCUGUUGGCGAAGGGCUUUUUGGAAAUAGAUUUCACUCAGCUUCUAUUCCAAAUAGAGGAAGAGAAGUAGACUCAUCCGUUAAUUAGUACCGGAAGUAAAACCCGGUUAAAACCAACAAACUAACAGUCUUGCUACGCUGUUUUCAGUUCUCCAGUACGGCUUUGUAACCAUGUUUCUUGCCGCAUUUCCACUCGCCCCAAUAUUUGCUCUUAUAAACGCCACAGGACGAAAUAACGUGUUUCCGUAUUUUGUAAACUCGACUGAAACGUGCAGUUGCUUAAAUCCGUCUCGUUUCCGCCCUGCGGAAACAUGGUGAUCUAGUUUUCCGUGGACGGGACGCGUUUCCGUUAUGUUUUCUAGUCGGAAACGAACGAUCAUGUUUCCGCCACAUUUCUGUUAGCACAUUUCCGUUCUUUCUUGUUUCCAUUACGUUUCCGGCGACCCAUGUCCAAGAUCGCAUGAUAAAUGUUUCAGAAAUUUUGGCUCUGCGUACAAUCAAGGUGAAUAAAGGUAAAUUUACUCUCGAGAUCGGGCCAUUAAACGGUCAGGCUCAUGCAUUAAAUACUCGCGCGCGUUGCAUUGAUGCAACUACUAUGAAGUGCGCGAGGUUGCCACUGUUUUCGAUUCUAAGUGAUUAAAAUGGCAGAGAAUACCAACAGCUGUCGAUAGUUGUCAGAUUGAUCUCAAUCAGUACUGGCAUAAAAGUAAAAUGAUCUUAGACAUCUUAGGCUGAGAAAACAAGAAAGAAUGGGGAGAAUGGGGCCUAGAACAGAACGGAGUGCUGGUCAGCGGACGUUUCUUUUGCUCAUGCUCAUUGCGGUCGUUCUUUUUUUGGCGUCCAUUUUGAAAGUGAUUGCAACGGCUUCAAAUUUGCCAGCUUCUGUAGGUUCUAGGAGCGUAGAGUCAGUAUAUUUUUGCUUUCCGAUUGCACCACAAGACAUCUAAGGGUUGUUAUGUAUAUUUGUCGACCCAUCGGCCUUCAGUAGUCGAUCGCUUCCCUCGUAAAGCGACCCUUUUCUGACACUGGCAGGAUGUGAGAGAAAAACCUCGUGAUGGCCAAGAAUAAUUUGAAAGUUGGAGUGUUUGAUUGUGCCAAGGAUAUCCAAGACUGAAUAUUGUGAUGGAGAAUACAGAUAGCACGACGAGGUAAGCUGCCCUGACACCAAAUCUAAGUUUCUUUAACCACUGAUCAAUAACUACUGUACUUAGCAACUUAAGGGAGCAGUGUCACGAAAUUUGUCAAAACUACAGCACUGGAAACCACCACCAAUCUCAGUGAAACAAAACAAUACUGCUCAAAACAUGAAAAGAACGUUUAAGUAACAAAGCAAAGAGCAAGAGUGAGUACAAAUAAAGAUUUUUCUUAAAAUGAGGAACAGAUGGACAGAGUUAAGAAAAUUGAAAAGGAUGGCCAUUGGUCCUUUUGAAACUUGUUAGCCUAACAGUUUUUCAGAUUUCAUUUUUGUGGUCUUCAAUGUUUGAUAAUAUAUAAUGCUUGGGAGACAUGUUUGUUGACACAAAGCUGUGAUUGAUAAGUGAUUUCUCAAGUUUCAUAACAAAUGCGAUACGGACAUGUACGUGUAAUUACAGUUGACUUCACAUGACUUUACAGCACCACGUUGCAAAGUUCGUGGGCAAAUUGGGUACUACGUUACAGAAUGGCCAACAACAUUACGAGUUAGGGGAUCAAAUUGCGAACUUUGAGACGUCGUUGUCAACUUUGGUGCUACUGAACUUCAUAACUUAAUUUACCGAGAAAGACAGUAACAAAUUUAGUCGAUCAAUAAUUUGUGCAUACAGGAAGGCCCUACACAGAGUUUUGUGAACGACAAAGAUCAAGUACAGUAUGUAUACUACAGAAAUACAAAACCAGUUUGUCAAAAAUUAGGUUAUUGACCCACAAAGGUUCAAUUAGUCGUGUAGUGACACUCGAUUUGGUUUACUCAUACAAAAAGUUGACAAUAGUUCCAAAGGAGUGCUUAUAAUAUAAUAAUGCUUUACUGAGAAUGCUCAAGAUAAACUUGAAGAAUAUUUAGAUGUUUGCAGUAACUGUGAUCCCAGGAAUAGGGCCUUUUUUAACAAGAACUCAGUGAUUAAUGCAACUGGGAAAAGAAGUUACGCUAGACCGGGAGUAGUCAAUCGAUAAAACUUGGUAUCGAUAAAAAUCAAUGGCAAUCAAGUGAUUUUUAUCGAUUGAUAACGGAAAUCGGUUAAAAUCGAUAAACUAAAUUGCUGUGUCAAAUUGAUAUUAUUGAUAUUUCAUGAUUUUAACAAUUUAUAACAGUACUUCCAACAUUGUUGUUUUCUGGCAUAAGUGCAGCUGAGAAAACUCAUCCACGAGUAACAACUGAUCAACAAACAUGGAAAUAAGAAAUGUGGAAACUAUUACAGACACAAGGGUCUCUCUAAAACCGUGACCCUUUUGUACAUAAUAACAGGAACGGUUCGGUUUUAUAAUUAUUACAUCAAAGGGAUGCCCAAAAUUCAGACUAAAAAAUUUCUCUGGAUAGCUUUUCACCGUUUUCCGUUAUCAAUCGAUAAAAUCACUUGAUCGCUAACGAUUUUUAUCGAUUUAGUUUUUUAACUAUUGGCUACUCCAGGAAGUAACUACACGCGGAACUGAGGUUAUUUUGAAUGGGCGGCAGAUCUACAUUUUGAAAAACUGGGGAAAAUAAAAAACCUGGCUAAUAUCGGCCAUCCGAAGAAGACUUUAAAGCAGGUUUUAAAGAAAAGAUAAGGUUUUUUAAAACUUUUUUUAAAAGACUCGUGAUAAUAAAUUGUUUGAUCCUUUGACUCUCAAUUUUUGCAACUCAAUUGUCAACAAAUUCACUGUUUGCGUGAAAUCAGUUUUCAUUUUUGGAUGAGCAGAAGAACAGAUGUAUCUUCCGAUAAAAAGCGAUGGAAUUGGUAAAAUCUAGAUAAAUCGAUAAACUAAAUGAGUGUGUCACAGAUUUCUACCAAUUGAGCGAUACAAUCAAUGUCAAUCAAAUCAGAUUUACCAAUUUUUAUUGAUUUAUCGAUUGAUAAAUUGAUACCUAUUUUUAUCGAUUGACUACUCCAGGUGUUGAGCAAACUUGUGAAGUUCAGUCGCGCAAAAGUUGACAACUACAUCUCAAAGUUUGCAAUUGAUUUCCUAUAAACUCGCUACAUAAUUUGGCUUCCUCAUGAUGUGGUACCCAAUUUCCAAAUGAACUUCGUAAUGUGGCGUGGUAAAUAGUGUGAAAUCAACUGCCACAGAAUGAUACUAAAAUUGUAGCCCCUUUAAGUCUUCAUCUCGGUGGACAGCAAUACCAGCAGUGAAGUUAAACUGGUAAAACUACUUCUAUUAUCCUGUAUUAUGCUGCAGUUCUAUGCAAGCAUCAUAUUGACCAGUGGGGAUGGGGUACUCCUUAUAAAUUAUGUUCUCUCAAAUGAAAUCCAAACAAUGUUCCCACAACUUGCAAAGCAACCAGGAGAUUUGUUUACUGAUCAUCCCUUAUAUAACCAAAGAUCUGUGGUUUUGAGGGAAAAAAAAACUAAAAAAGGGAAAUUGAAGAUCAGACAUUAUUUCUCUUUAUUAUAGUUUGGUUACUCUCAAGUGUAUUGAUUUUACAUGUAACUGUAUAUCACUUUUCAGACAUUUCCUGUUAAACAGUUUCCUCUGUAGAGUUUGAAAUAUGCAACACAUUACUAAUAAUAGCCACCAAAGAGUUGAGCUGGAGUAGUGUUUUGUGGCAAACAUAACAUUGAAUUUAAGGUGGCUAAACACAGUUUUGCGGGCAGUCAGCAGUAACUCAUGUGACGGCGCAUGUUUUAAAUUAGACAAACCAACAAGGCAGCGAAAAAAACAAUGGUACACAGAAGAUGAUUUCUCAAAAUCUACUCAUUAAAAUUCUAAGAUGUUUGGCAGAAUUUUUACUUUUAUCGUAUUUUAAGUUAUUCAGAUAUGCAAGCUCCUAUUUACAUAAGCUCUGUAGACUAGACUUAGUUUGACUAAAUUUGACACUUUCUCCAGUAAUUUUUCAAUCAGCAUCGUAACUUAAGUAACGUGAUAUCCUCACUCAUAGCUCAGUGUGCAUUGUUGUCGGUUAAGAUGUUAUAUGGUUGCAGUGACUGUCACUUGUUUUUUAGUUUCCCUCGCAGCUUCAAUACCAAGGUACAAAUACAAGUGAGAAAAACAAAAGGCAUGAGAUUUUGUCAAUUAUUGAUUUAUUUCCUCUGUUGGUACGCCUCUCACUGCUAAAAUAUUUUAGUUUAGGAAUUACAUGUAUAUCCAGCAUAUCACAUUGAAUGUUUGGUUUUCAAGCUAGAUCAAACUCUUUCACAUGAAAGAGUUUUAUGCAGCUUAGCCAUUCAACAAAACCCAACUCACCAAAAAAAGUUGAGUACAUACGUACAAUUUUCGAAGUCAAUCAAACAUUGAGUUAUCAAACAAAGUGGAACCCACGUAAGAAAAAUUCGAAUGGAACAACAUUGAACCUUUAAAUUCCAAACUCUUGAUGACAUGUGUGUUAAUUAUUGAUCCAGUGUGAAAGUAGUCAAGGUGAUGAAAGGUCUUGCUCAGUGGGGGGGGGGGGGGGGGGAAGAGACGAGGUCUAGGGCCGAGAAACGAUGUUCUCACAACUUGCAAAGCGGUCACCCAGCGUGGUGGUCAGUGGAUAAUUACGGUAUUUUUCCCACAGUAAAUAUUUUAGAAGCAAGAAUUGAAGCGAACCGGCAGAGGAAAUCAGAAAUGCUUAAAAAAUUGAAAAAAAUUAUAUCCUGCAACUUUGUUUUUCUUGCAUACCAUAUUUGUCUUUCAGUACUGAAAUGCGGGGGAAACUAAAAUGCAACCAUGCUAGAUCUUAACCAACAACAACGCGCUCGAUGGAUUUAUUUAUAGGUUACAUCAUUUUUGCCGGGCAAGGAUAACUUGAUGCUGAUAAAAAUUACUGGAGCAAGUGUCAAAUUCAUCGGAAGCAAGUAUAUUCAAGAAAGCUUUAUAAAUAUGAGCCUACUGUUCUACAUAUCAUAACUGAAUAAAAAAUUAACACUUCCUAACAUUUCACUUUGUUUAUUUCAAUCAGUCAACACCUUGAAUCCAAAGUUAAAAUUCAAAACGAUCGUAAAACAAAUCACAACUACUACUGAAAGCUCUGUACCUUGAAGCGACUUUAACUUUCCUAAGAUUUGCAGCAAAACACUGCUCGAUAGCUCAACUCUUCGGAGGCCUUUUCUUAGCAGCUAUACGAAGAUAGCUAUAUGUUGCAUAUUCCAAACUCUGCAAAGGGAAAUUGUUUUACAGAAAAAGAAAACCACACACUAUGUCUGAAAAGCGACAUAAAAUCAAUAAAUUUGCAAAUUACCAAAAUAUAAUAGUGAGAAGCAGUCCCGCCUUCGACUGCCAUGCUUUUGUUUUUUUCUCAAGACUGUUGAUCAAUAGUUUUUGACAUAAUGCGCAUGAUCAGUACACAAAUCCGCUGGCAAGUCCCUUGCUGAUCACUUUGCAAGUUGUGAGAACAUUGUUUGGAUUUCAUUUAAGAGAAUGUAUGGGAAGUAGCUUCCCCCCUCCCUGGUCUUGCUUCUUUUAAUAUUUCAAUCCAUUUCAGAGUUAAUUCUAAAAUAUAUAUUCUCUGCGAAAAUGUCAGUACAUUUGUUUCCCAAGGAAAAGGUCUUUAAAUCUGCAAGUUGAAAUCAUCUCGAUUUUACUCUUUGCUCCUCAAUUGGCCUGAAUAGUAAGCAUUUUCCUUCUGAAUCUGGCGCUUGUCAGAUUUCCCUGGCUUUUUUGCUUUCCCAGGGGUGACUCAGUUUUUACAUUUGAUUUUUUUUUUUCAAUAUAAUUUGGUGUGUUUUGAUUUUGUUCAGGCAUCAAGCUCAAAAAAGCUGUGUUUGAUAUUGUUUGAUAGCUUGUAUUCAGAAACGUUUGAUGGGAAUUUUGUAUUGUGUAAUACAUAGUACACUGAGGGGAGGGGGGUGGUUAUAAAAUGAAGUAAUAUCAACAGAAAUUUGAUUCAAUAACCAAAACACAUUGAUUCACAUCUAUAGCUCCGGUUUUCUCUAUGUAAUUCUGGCUUGAUAUGCAAUGAAGAAAUGCAUGCAUAAAAUCGAGAACAUACCUUUACAACCCUCUUCAUUUUAUUCCUGGGGGGGGGGGCUUGGCGCAGCUGGAAUUGACUGAUGCAUUACAGACAGCCUCUGUUUGCAUUAAACCCUUGGUCCACAGUCUUAUUGUGCAGGGAACAUAAUAUCCUGACUAUAUUACUAUGAAACGCAACUGUAUACAUGUACAUUUGUGGUUAUAUGUUAUUCAUUUACUACGUGUAGUUUUCUUACUGCAAAAAGGUUUUUCCUCCCCCUGAUUGCCUGGGGAAUAGCCUCUGUCAAAUUAUUUUUGCUUAAAAGCACUUUGUUUUGUUUUUCAUCCAACAGUCAGAUCACCUUGGUAUGCAAUUUUGGUGCAGAAGGUUCUCUCAAAGCAAGCAAGAUCAUGGAACUUAAUUGGCCUCACAAAACAGAGCUUGGCCAAUAUCCAGCGAUCGAGCACUAAGUAAUGACUUGAGAAUAGAAGUGACUUAAAACACCAGUAUCCUCGUGACAUACACAGCGUGCAAAGAAAGCAGUGUCCAAUAGCCCAGGGCUAGUGGAUUUUGCUAUCGGGCUUGUGAAUUCUGUUCUUAACUUGCCGGAUGGGCAAGUGAUGUUUUUGAGAAAUUUGAAUAACAGAAGAACUGUGAAAUAAGUUCUGCUCAUCAAGCAGAUGGCAAGCUGUAAAAAUGAUUUUCUUUGCACUCUGCAUACAUGUAGUCCCUUAAAACAAUUUGAAAAACUGUCAAGGUCUUGAAAUAAUAAUUAUUACCUUCAUCAAUGUUUGAUAAUAAAACAGAGUUUAUGUUCAAGUUUAUAAGAUUCAUUUAAAAGUAUCUGUUGAUUUUGUGAGAGGUGUAAAAAAAGGUAUACAUGAAACACAUAAAAAAUUUUAGCAGACUUGAAUUUUGUAACACUGAAGCCAUACUUUUUGGUUGGUGUAUCUUUGCAUUUGAAUCUUUGCACUGGUCAUAGAGAAUUGUAAGUAGUUUAGAACACCAUGUCAGAAGAUUAAGAAUAUUUCCUGACACAAUAUAAUAAUUUUAUUGUUAUCCUGAAUGGUUUAAGGCUAGGAUUCAUUUGAAAUAAGAAAGUGGAAAAUGAUCAAACAGGAACUGAUGAUUUGACAAUGACCAUCAAAUUAAUGAUCACGUUGUUGAUAAAACGUCAGUCGCUGUCAACAACAGUCCUACUCAGGACAUUCACCAGACAAAUCAUAUUCCACUUUGCUGAAAUAUUAUAGGCUGUAAAACUAUCACUAGCCAUAAGCUGCACUUGAAUUCAAGACUACAUUAGUGUCUGUUAAAUUUGUUAGUAUGUUGAAAAAAGGCUAGGUUUUCAAUUUGUGAAGUAUACAAUUAAUUUACCUCAAAAAACAGUACUUGUAUUAUGUCAAAGUUUAGCCAUUCAUUUUUUGUUGAUGUAAUUUGUGCAUUUGAAUCUUUGCACUUAUUUUAUACCCUCUAAGCACGCUACAACUGUGUUCACUUUGCAACUUCUGCGUAUGAGAUAGGACCAUAAAUAAGCAUUGUUUGAUACGAGUCUAUGUGCAGGAAAUGAAUAAAAUUUUAAAUGCAACACAGAUGGAUUUCAGGUUUAUGGUGGUAUAUAUUUGUCUGACUUAUAUAAUGAGCAAGUCUUCAUUGCAUGUAAGUUAACCAGGAAAAAUACUCAAAGGUUAAUUUCAUGUAAGAAUAAAGAAAAAUUGCCAUUGGAAAACCUGGUUUCGGCAAAUAUGAAACUUUUUGGACGUAUUUACGUAGUAACGGAAACAGACGGAAACACAGAAAAACAAGUCAGGUUGCCGGACCGUAUCUUCACGUUUCCGCCAGUAGAACGAACGAAAUAACAGGUUUCCGGUACGGAAUAUCGCGUUUCCGCAACAUAAGCACACGUUAACGAUUGCGGAAAUACGUGAUUCCUGAAACGGAAAUCUGUCGGAAACAUGUAAAAAAGUGUUCCGGUUCCGUUGAAAACGCAGCGACGGAAACAUGAGAAACCGUAAUGUAUCCGCUAACGGAAACACGCGUUUGCCGCUGUGUUUCCGCAACGGAGUCACGUGUUUCCACCAUGUUUAAGUUUACGGAUACUUGAUUUUUCGUCCUGUGCGCAGUCGCGGAAAUUCGGGUGGAUGCCAUCAACAUGGUUUCAUAUCACAGGCGGCCCCCGGUAGGGCGUGCUGAAGAUAUCGGAGCAUGGUACAGUGUACUGGAAGCAGUGACCAUCGCCGCAGUGCUGAUGAAUGCGUUUGUGUUAGCAUUCACUUCUGAGUUCAUACCAAGGCUAUUGUACAGAUUGAAAUAUGCUCCAGACCGUAAUUCAACUGGCGGGGGGACACUUAAAGGAUUCGUCAACGACAGCCUUGCUUCCAUUGAUCUUAAGACGCUAUACACGUGGGAGCCUGGGACCGAGCCCAUUAAUCCCUUUGCGAAUCUUAAUUACACCAGGGACUAUUGCAGGUAAGAUGCUAUUCUGCUUGGUUUAUUUAAGUUUUAUAAUCGCAACACUGUUAUCUCAGCACUAAUGAAAGAAUGGAUUACCUGGCCUUUUAUGCUCAAACAUACCCGCAAAUUUAUACUCUCGCAAUAGCGAAGCGGGGUGUGCGAGUGUGGUGAAGCGGAAUGUGCGCUUGCGUUAUAACUAUAACUUGCCUGGAUCAAACGUGAACAUAUCAGAAAAGAUCUUCAGUCCUAAAAACCCUUAAUAUAACUUUGUUUAAUUGUUAUGUUAAUUGGACCUCGAUACCUUGAUUAGAUCUAGAGAAUUCAAAAUUAUCAGACCAACCAGCACCAAACACUCGGACACAAAACUUCUACUUGGCCAGCACCUUACACAUACACACAGCCAUAUCAUCAGCCCAUUGAACAACAAUGGACAUCUGUUUUGAGCUCAUUUGGGUCAUCAGCAUGACCGCAAAGGAGAGUGCAAAGAACUCCUUUAAGCGUCAAAUUUCCCAACAAGUAUAGGAAUGUUGACCGGAAAACGCACGGCAGUUCUCCCAUGAUGAUACUCCGGGGAAGUGGAUCAGUAUUGUUGCCGAUCGGUGUGCCCUUAAAUUCUAACCUAAGAAGUCUGAUACCACGCCUUCUGGCUUACAAUCGUUUCCAAUAAGGGGGGGCAAAACCUUGGUGGGCAGCUUCACCCUCCCUUCUCAACCCGUUUAAACUUUAGAGGGUCAAAUUUAUUCACUUGCUACUUGUUUAUGGGUUUACUCAGUUAUUCCAGUUACCGUGAAAGUACAUACCCGUAUGGUUACUCCAAGGAAUACUGGAAUGUUGUGGCCGCCAGACUCGCCUUCGUGAUUGCCUUUGUAUUUGUUGUGUACUCGCUCACCAGUAUGAUAGCAUGGAUCAUCCCAGAUGUCCCCGAGCAUCUGGAGUUCAAGAGCCAGAGAGAGAAUCAAGUUGUUCGCGAAAAACUUGGAAAGGCAAGUGUAGAUGAAAGUGAGGAGGAAGAUGGUCGUUCAGCAUAGCCAAAACGUGCUUCUGACGUCUAUUAAUGGGAUGAAAUUUAUUUUAUUAGUUGUCCAUUGUUUUGUGUGUCCCUGCUGUGCUUCAAUUUUGAUUUACUAUUCAUUCAAAAUAGUUCUCCGCUUUUGAUUGGCUCAGAUACCCUAACUAAUUCUUCAUAACAAAAAGGCACUGGAAGAUGUAGAUAAUACAUAUCGAUACAUAUGCGUUAUUGACCAAGUGUGAGGUCAAGAUGGCUGGAUAUUAGUCAAUAAAAACGCAAAAUAAUAAUGAGGCAAAUAUACAGCAAUCUCGACCGAACAAGCUUGGUCAGAAAAAAGAAUCUUUUCUUCCGGGACCAACGUGGGGAAUACCCAGCGGGCUGGAUGGGCCCAUCAGGGUAGCCAAUCAGAACACAAAAUUUGCUUCAUCUUGCCCACUCCUGGAUUCAGAAUAAGAUGGUAUAUUGACCUAAUAUGCAAUCACAAUCUCGUUUCCAGGUAGUGGCGGGGAAACCUAGUUGAUUUGGCCCUGACUGAACUCACGAAAAUGGCGAAGAGUUCAUGGCUGUCCAUAGACGAGAUAGCUGAAUUAUACUGACUACACCUGAACGGAAAAUCGAUGAAAAAAAAUCACCAGAUAGAUAUCAAAUUUGAGCAAUAGAAAACGUUUUCCGUGUUUGCGUAGCCCGACAGUAAACACAAGAGGGUGUUGGGAGAAUUCGAGACGGUUAUGCAAACCCGAGACGAAGUCAAGGCUUUACAUAAUCUUUACAGCGCUUUUUAAAAACACGCAAACUCUGAAGUUCAAAAGCCAACUGAAGUUUGCGUUAUUCGCUGCCGUCAAUAAUCUUAGCGGACCUCUUAUGAUAUAGAACUUUACUUAAACGGGUGCAAAAGGUCAUUGUUUGUGAUCUGUGCUUGGUAGAUUUCACUGAUCCGUUUUGUGUGUUUCUGAGUUUCAACGUUCCUUUCUUGUGAUCGUAAUUAUGAUUGACGGCAGCGAAAAACACAAUUGUGACACAAGCACAUGUGUAAGCAAGUGAAAACUGGGUCGACAUAAGCAUAAGUAUAAGCACAAGAAAAACGGACAAGUUACUUGUUUUUGUGCUUGUGCAUAUGUCGUAGCUUUGACUAGUGAAAACUGGGUCGACAUAAGCACAAGGCCGUGAACCAACUACAGGUCACUUUGACCCAGACCUCAUGCGGACAUAUAAAAAGCAAUUUAUAUUAGCGGACGCUUCUUGUUUAUCAUCGGGUUGAGGAGAGCUGAUAUUGAGAAUUAAAUCAACUAUGCUAUUCUGCGCGUGCGUAUGUCCUUGUGCUUAAGGUGACGUUACACGAGACGAUUGGCAACGACGAUUUUUAUUGCAACACAGUGUUGCAAUGCUGGAACAAUGUAGUAACCAUUCGAAACAAUGUCGCAACAAUAUUGAAACGCUGUGUUGCGCUAAAAAUCGACGACAUGUAACAUCAGCUUUAUGCUUAUGCGUACUGGACGCCCUAUGUAAGGUAAUCCAUUUAUGCUUAGAGUUCGCGCUUGUGAAAAGCCCAGUAACUUUGGUAGUUAGGAUUCCCAGGAAAGCCUUUCUAGUUAUGUUUAUCUUGAGUAUCAAAGAUCAUCGUCAUAAAGAUCACUUGUUCUGGUCAUUAUUGUUGUAAGAGUUCAGUUUUUGUUGUUGUUUUGGUCGUCCAGCUUAAUCGUAGCCAUAGUCUUGCAUAUGGUUAUUUAGAAUAAAAUAAAUUGGUUUAACUCAUUGAGGUCAUUAAGACUUUUUAGUAUUGGAUUGUUUAGUUUUGAGAUUAACUGAUUCAGGGACUUAGCUUUAAACUUCUGAAUAUAUAUUUUAAAAGGAAAAAACAUUUUUCACCUGUAUGUUCUAAAGAAGAGCCUCAUAUUUGACCAGAAAUAAGCAACUGAAAAUGGUGACAACAAAUGUGUAAGGAGUGUCAACAUGCAUG